AUGCGUCCAGGAGUGGAACAACUCGCAGCACGGUGCACGAACCUGGUGGAGCUGCAUAUUGACGACCCUCGCUGCGAGCUGCACGUGCUCCAUCCGAUCAUCAUGGCUUGCGGAAGCUCUCUUCGUCGAAUUGAUAUCGAUUGUGACCGGGAUAACACGAGCCGCAACGAGGCGUCAAUAUGCAGCGUCCUUUGGAUCGUGAGCUUGUACUGCAGCAAUGUUGAAAGCGUGGAGCUCAUUUCAGACGGAAAGCAAGGGAACUUCACGUAUUUGGAGAACAAGGCCAUGUGGUACCUCACUUCCGGCUUCCGCCACAUCCGCAGCUUCGCCUGCUUGUGCCAGAACAGCCUGUCGAAGCAAGCCAUUUACCUCAUGGUCAUUGCAUGGCGGGAAUUGACGUGCCUUCGAAUUCACUGCGGAGCUCUUGGAACAGACGACCUCAUGGCUCUGCGAAAAAGCUACUCUCUGCGAGUGCUGGAGCUGGUUGGUGGUAACCUCGGGAAUCUCAUCAGCAGCACCAGCGAAGCUGUCAUGCAUCGAGACCUCGAGAUCCUGGUGUUGACGAAGAUGGUAUGUGGCCUGGAGGACAUCGCCAACUGUCAGUCAGGUAAUGCGGAGGAUGAUGCAGGAAAGAGGAGCUUAGCCUCACCAGCUGUGCGGAAUCACAGGUAUUAUGAGUGA